GACUCUCAUGAUUUCCUUCAUUCACUCAUUCGACGGGGCCUAUUCAUUCAUUCAUUCAUCCUAGCGCCCCAGGGCCCGCUGUCCGCCUGAGCGCUCGGAAAGGAGAGUUGGGCAGCCAAGAGAGGCGGCAGCGGGGUCCCAGGCUGGGGGGGGGGGAGGGGCCGGGUCCCUGACGUCACUGCACCAAAAAUGACGUCACUGGCCCAAGCGCAGGCACCCCCUUAGGCCGCCCCAGCCCUGUGCAAAGAGGCCCCUCCUCCGGGAGGGAGGCGGAGCCGCAGCCGCAAACCCGCCCGUCCGUGCUCAGCUGUUUAUCGGCGGUGACCAGCCAUGACGACCCCCCGCGGGGACGUGACCGCCCUGUUCCUGGGACCCCCGGGCUCGGGGAAGUCGGAGCUGAUCCGGGCCCUGCGCUGGUCCGACACGGGGGAGCCGGUCCCCAAGCCGGACGCCGGGGUCCCGGUCCUCUUCCCCGCCGGCCCGGGCCUGUUCCUGGGCGAGCUGAGCUGUCCCCCCGCCGCCCCCGGCCCCUGGGCAGCCGAGGCUGACGUGCUGGUCCUGGUGCUGCCCCGGGCCGGAGGGGGGCCGGGGCCGGAGCUGGCCGAGGCCGGGAGGGCGGCCCUGGCCCGGGGGGUCCCGGUGCUGGCGGUGCUGACCCGCAUCCCGGGGCCGGGGGAGGAGGAGCCGGAGCGGGCCCGGGCCCGAGGGGAGCUGGUCGCCGCCGGCCUGGACUCCGUCCCCCUGUUCCUCGUGGCCGGGCCCGAGCCCCACGGAGCCCAGUGGGCAGCGCUGCGGGCGGCGCUGGAGCGAGAAGUGGCCGCCCUGGAGAGGCUGCUCCCUCCAGCCCAGGAGGGCUUCGAGGUGCUGGGCGAAGAGGAGCUGGCGGCCGUCCGGGAGGCCUUCGAGGCCGGAGGCCUAGAGGCCGUGCUGUCCUGGGUCCGCGCCAGCCUGGAGCGUCUGGGGAGCGCCCAGGUGGACCUGGGGGUGGCGGGCGAGGGGGCCGGGGCCGUGCUCGAUGCCCUGCGGGGCCUGGGGGAGGGAGACGAAGGGGCCGCCCCGGCCGAGCCCCCGCCCCGGCCGCUCCCCUACCCGGCCCCCGACCACCCGAACGUGGUGCUGUGGGCGCUGCCGGCCGGGCCCCCCGAGGACGCCCGCCCGCGCUGCCACGCCGUGGUCCUCGUGUCCCCCGGCCCCCUGGGGCCAGAAGAGGCGGCUCGGGGGCGGGCGCUGAGCCAGGCGGGCACCCCCUGCUUCCACGUGCGGACAGACGGGGCGGGCCCGGGGGCGGGCGGCGGGCAGGAGGGCCCCGAUGACGAGAGCUGGGUGGUCCUGGGCGGGGAGGACCCCGAGCCGCCCCCUCCGGCCUUCCCCCUGCGGCCCGGAGGUCUGCCCGGCCUCCAGGAGGCCCUCCGGCGGGCUCUCGCCCCGGCCCAGGGGGCCGCCCUGCUCCUGGCCCUGCCUCCGGCCUCCCCCGCCGGGGCCCGAGCCAAAGCGGAAGCCCUGAGAGGGGAGGCCUGGCGGCCGGCCCUGCUGGCCAGCCUGGCCGCCACGGCCCCCGUGCCGGGGCUGGGCUGGGCCUGCGACGUGGCUCUGCUGAGGGGUCAGCUGGCCGAGUACCGCCGGGAGCUGGGCCUGGAGCCGGGGGCCCUGGCCCGCAGGGAGCGAGCGCUGGGGCUGCCCCCGGGAACCCUGGCCGCCCUGGCACGCUCCGCCCUGUCCCACGGCGCCACCCGCGAGGCGGUGGAGGAGCGGCUGAGGGGCUGGGCGGGCGAGGGCCGCGCCGGGGGGGUCCUGCUGGGGGCCCUGGGCUUCCUGUUCCCCGUGGGCGGGGCGGUGGCCACCGGGGGCCUGGGCUACCGGGCCGCCCACGGGGUCCUGAGUCAGGGCCUGGCCGAGCUGCAGGCCGACGCCGAGGCGGUGCUGGGGGCCGACCCGGGGCCCCCGGAGGCCUGAGGGCCCCGGCGCCCCCGACCCCGGGGGGCCGGGGCGGCGCGGAAAAUAAAAACCGCCGGGACCGGCCACCGGA